GAGUUGAUUUUCAAAACGCGAUAAGCGCCAUUUUUGAAAAAAAUGAGAUAAGGUGCCCAUAUUGUAAAGCUACUCAGUUACUAUUAGGAAAACUUAAUUUUAAUCUUCACGGCGCAAAAUUUUCAUUUUAUUUCUAUUUUUGAAAAAAACGUUUGGUUUCAAAACGCGGCAUUGUAGAUUUUAUUUAGCGUCAAAAUGCGGUAUCGAUUCGGACCAAUCCGUGUAAAUAUUACUAUUUAUCUGUGCAUGCGCAUUAAGCAUCUCUAAGUGAAACAAUUGUUAAAAUGGCGGACUUUGAUGGUCACGACGAAAGUGUUGUACUGACAUUUAAGUCCAGAAAAAAGAAGAGGUCAUGCACAGAAAGAGAAAAAGAAAAGAUCUUUCAUCAUUCAGGAGGAGGAAUGAUCCCGUCCAUUUCGUGUAAUCAUAUUAAAGGAUUCUGCAAGGCUCAAGAUAUAACACCUGAUGACCUGGUGAAAUGCCAUGCAGUUUUACAGCAAACUGGACAAAGUGUCACAAGAUGAUGCUAUAGUAGCUUUGCUUGAUGCGGACACCACGAAAAGAGUGAAUGAUCAGAGGAAAAAAACAAGACACAUGACCAUCAAAUACUUUCUUUGUAGUGAUGGAAACAAGCUGCAAGUUUGCCAGUCUUCUUUUUGUUCAGCAUUGUGUACGUAAAUAGCUUUACCUUCAGUUUGCUAUAUUGGAUUUGCUCGUACUGCAGUUACUGUCAAUAUCCGAUUAUGGAAAUUCUCUUUUUUCAAUGUUACAGUGGAAUUAUCUUAAUAAUACAUGGUUAAUAUAUCCACUUUUUUAGGGAAAAACUGGUACUCAUUCAACACAAAGGAGCCUGGAAAAAAGAACUGUGUAAAGGUGGCUAAAAAGACAGAUGUUCUUUGUGUUCUCGAAACCGUAGGAGUGGAGGAGAGAAUAAAGAUUUCUUAUGUGGCACUGCUUUGUGAUGCUACUGAGGAUGUCGCUCAUUCUAACUCUGAUGUAGAUAGUUCCUAGUUUGUCUGAAUUAUUUAUUUUUUCUUGCUUCACUCAUUUUUGUUUUCAACCUUUUUUUUUUUUUUUCAUUUCAUACUAUUUCUUUUACAUUUUAUGAUUGUAGUAUAAACUAAUAAACUUUUUUCUUCUUUUAAAACUAUUUUAU